UUAGAUGGAUUUAUGAACCAUCAUCAACUAAGCAAUUGUCGUCGAACUACUGUUUCACAAAAAUUACUAGCUGAUCUUGAACAACAAAGAAAUGAAUUUUUAAAUUUUGUGCAAUAUAGACGUAUACAGCAUGAUUAUCCUCUUGCAUUAAUAGGCAAUAUGGAUGAAACUCCAUUGUCUUUUGAUAUACCAUCAAAUUAUACUAUUGAUAAAACUGGUACCAAAACGAUCGAAUUCGUACAACAGGAUAUGAAAAGUCUAACUUCACAGUUGUACUUAGUUAUUGAAAAUGUUUGGAAUAAACGAUCGCUCUUGUUUGUUGAUCCUCGUUCACUGUUGGUUUUAGAUUCGUUCUUAGGCCACCUUACAGAUGAAGUAAAAACUACAUGGGACCAAGUUGAUUUUGCACUUAUUGUACGAGCUUUUAAGUGCUGUGGUAUUUCUGUAGCCAGAGAUGGAUCAGAAGAAGAUAAAAUUUUUGAGUAUGAAUGGGUUAAGAAUCUGGAAAAUCAGCAUAAAAAUAGUGACUAUGUGUUUGAAAAUUUAGGAGAAACAAGUAAUA